GCUGAAACCGUUUGUUUACUACAACAGGGCGCUUUGGCGGUCCCUUCCGCCACUAUGUCACUGACAGAAGAUUUAAGCGACUUGCUGGACGACGACGACGACCAGAAAGCUGUUCCAGCUGAUGAGUUUUACUCAGUGCUGGACGAGUUGACAGAAGAUAUUGCACAAGGAAGACGUAACAAAUAUAGUUCAAUUAUUAAGAAAUAUAUUUGCCUAGCUCAUGGUCUACCAUCACCAGAUAUAUAUACUGAAGAUUCUGAUAUGAAGAAACGCAGGAAAUCUCUCUUGAAAUUCAUUAAGCAACACAAACCUGAUUACAGUACAUCAGGCCGAUGUAUUACAGCCAGUAAAAAGUUGGAAUGUCGCACACCAGCCAGUAAAAAGUUGAAAAGUUGCACACCACCCAGUAAAUCAGGCGAUGUAGAUCUUACCAUGGAAGUACAGGAGACUCUGAAAAUGUGCAUAAAAGAGCUCGGUUUGUCAGAAGACUAUCAGGCAACGGAGUUAGUUGGAGAUAUUUGGGAUGGUGAAUCCCACUUGUUGGAUAAUCAGUCAGGUCAAAAUGAAACUACCUGUAGUAUAAUCAUCACGAAUGAUGAUGAAACUAAGAACGAUUCUCAACAGUUUCAAACUGGAAAAGCAUCCAGAGAUGCCCCAGAAAGAAGAAGAAAAGUGGUAAAUGAGCACAGGACUAUUAAUGGUAAUAAUGAUCAAUUAAAGAAUAAUGUUGAAGAUACUGUACAACCUGAAAGAAAAAUUACAGAUAAGUUUAAGACUGUGAAUGGUAAUAAUAAUCAAUUAAAGAAUAAGGUUGAAGAUAAUGUGCGACCUAAAAGAAAAAUUACAGAUAAGUCUAAGACUGUGAAUGGUAAUAAUAAUCAAUUAAAGAAUAACGUUGAAGAUAAUGUGCGACCUAAAAGAAAAAUUACAGAUAAGUCUAAGACUGUGAAUGGUAAUAAUAAUCAAUUAACAAAUAACAUUGAAGUUACUGUACAGUCUAAAAGGAAAACGAUAGGCAAAUCAACUGCCACAAAAAAGGCAUGCAGUAAUGUUGAGUUACCAGUACCUGCUAAGAAUCAAGUGAAUAAUGAAGCUAGUGCAUGCACAAUUGUCCUCACUGAAGCGCUGGAUUUACUGUUCAUACCUCCAGGAGCACAUAAACAAACACUUAAAUCCGAAAUGGAAAGCAACAAUUACUUUCCUAUGUAUUCUAUUUCUGUCUGUAAAAAUGCAACAAAUAAUACAUCACAGCCCACAGAGAGCUCUGAAAGCGAUGUUACACAACCGACAUCUGAAGGAGAGCCAAAAAUAUUGUUGAAGGUGAAAAAGAGAAAUAAUUCCUGUCAUGAUAAUAGAAAUACCAGGAAAAAAACAAAGAUGGAAGAUAAACAGAAAAAUGUUGAAUAUAAAGAAGUACAACCUGAAGAAAUGUCUGCCAAAAAUCCAGCCCAGUGCAUGCUACCAGAGAAAACGGAUCUCUUGCCUAAAAAUGAGGCAAUUAACGAGACUGCUAAAAAAAGAGGAAGGGCCGAGAAAAAUAGCUCGGCCGGUGAAAAUAACUUGCCAGUUUUUGAUGUAAAUGAAGUUUCUCCAGAACUUCAAACUCUGCAUUCACCUCUAGAACAAGUUUAUACUUUACCUGAAAAAGAUGUACCAGUAAUAUCACCGUGUAAAAUGAGAGGAAUGCCAAAGGCUACUAUUUCCAAUCUUGAAACCCAGCAAUCACAAGUAGACGGAAAGCAGAUAUUACCUGAGAACAAUGUAUCAAAGAGAAGUUCCAGAAGAAGAAGCCUCAAGGAGAAUGAUUCCACUGCUAAACCAAGUCUAGAAGUACUAUUUGUGGCAGAAGCAACACAUGUAAAAGAUAUUUCAGAUGUUAGUAAUAUGCAAAACGUGUCUGUGAAGAAAAUAUCACCAAAACAAAUGAGCUCACAUUUGCCACCAAAAGCUGUUUGUAAUAUAAGUAAAGGUGAGAUAACAAAGGAAAUAACAGGUAAAAGAAGAGAAACAUCACACAAAAAAUCAAGAAAUAAAGAAACGUUGCAAGAUGUUCCUUUGGAGAAAGUAUCUCAUCCUGGGAAGGGGCAGGAAAUAAUGUCAAGUAAUGAUAUAGUGGCUCUUUCCCCAUCAAAGAAUGUUUCUCAUUUACAAGAAGAAAAUAUUGCACCUGAGAGCAUGCUAAAUGAGGGUUAUAAACAUUCAAGUGCAUGUAAGGAAGGAACAUUAGUAGCCUUGCCUGAAAGUGUUCAGGUGGCCAGUAAUGAAGGAACAUUAGUAGCCUUGCCUGAAAGUGUUCAGGUGGCCAGUAAUGAAGGAACAUUAGUAGCCUUGCCUGAAAGUGUUCAGGUGGCCAGUAAUGAAGGAACAUUAGUAGCCUUGCCUGAAAGUGUUCAGGUGGCCAGUAAUGAAGGAACAUUAGUAGCCUUGCCUGAAAGUGUUCAGGUGGCCAGUAAUGAAGGACAUGGAUUAAUAGAAAGUGUUUCAUCUGAAGAAUGUCAGGAUAAAGAAACAACAGUAGUGAAAGUUUCAGAAAAGUCUAAAACAGAUGCUGCCUGUAUAUCCUCUACGGAGCAAACAUCUUGUAAAAAAAGUAAAGGCAAGCUGGUGCUUAAUAGAAAAUUAUCUGAAUCUAAACAGCGUUUUGUCUUUCGGUACUUUAGUGAAGAGGAAGAGAAAAAGAAACAAAAGAGGUUUAAUUUUUUGGAAGAAAAUUCAGAUAAUGAAAUUAAAGAAGUAUCCAAAGGAGAAAGUAUGUGUACUACAGAACACAAAAGAAGUACAAUAGUGGGACCUAAAGAGACUUCAUAUAAUGUUGGUAUUAAACAAGACCUCUGCAAGAAGCCAUGUACCACUGUGCUUUCCAACACUGAUUUAAAAAGGAAAUUAAACAGUCAAAGAUGGCACAAACGUCAAGAAGAAGACAUUAUUGCCGGUAUUAAUAUUGUCACAAGGAAAAGGAAAAUUGUUUCUUCUAGACAUUCCAAGGCAAUUGACUACUCCAAGAUCUCUGGAAAUGCUGGCCAUAUGGAAUCACAAUUAAUGUUUCAGAAAGGAACAUUUCAAGAGCUUUCAACGAUUAUUGCAGAUGCCACAGGACCCGUAUUGCCACCACUUAGAGCAGACUCACCAGAUAUUUUGAUAAUUCCUUGUAACAAUAUUGUAGAUAUUCCAAAAAUUCAAAAUGAUUUUUCUUUAAAGGAGAAAGAGGUUUUCCUGCCCCAAUAUGGCUUAAAGACCAUGGAAGGAGAAUCUCUUACAUGCAAUAAAACUACAAGAAACAAAAACUUACAUGUAAGGACACCAGUCAACACUAAUACAUGUAAUUCAAAAACUCAUAUAAAUGUGAAAGUAGCUGAAGAUAGACUUAAAAAAAAUCCUCCUUCAUCAUACUAUGUAGAUAAUUCAGGUUCAGAUGAAGAAUUAAAUCUGUUGAAUGUGGAACACACGUCUUUGGCACCUGGAUCUCAACUGAGCUCUCUCCGUGCUACCAUCUCAACGUGGGAGACAUUCCACGACUCUCAGCUUCAGAGCAUUCAAGUGGAAAGUUGCCAGUCAAGCCAACAGAAAGUCGAGACACAGAAAACUGUGCAGAGUUUCUUUGAUGUAGACAAGAGUGAUGAAAUGCAGACCUAUCGACAAACAUCUGUACUUGGUGACACAUCCAAAACUGGUGACUCAAAGCACUCAAAGCACAGUUCAUCAUCCAGCUCUCAGUCUUCCAGAACAAGUUGUGUACCCAACUAUAGCAUCUUGGGUGGGGAGCGUUGGCUGGCUGCGGUCAAAUCAAUGAAGGCACGGAAGAAGCCUCUUGUGCUGAUGGUCUCCCAUCAUUCACAGAAAGUAAGCAGAAACAAGAAAAAGCAAACCAGGAGUUGAUAAUAACUAAAACAGCAAAUACUUAAAAACAAAGCAAAUAUCAAAUGCUUAUACAGUAUAUGCUUGUUAAUAAUAAUGAAAUGUCUUCCAAGAAAAUUUCCUACAGUUAUGAUGGUCCUAGACAUUUGGUGCUCUAAAAUCUCAAAUGACUCUAUGUUCAAAACAUUGAAAGGGUUACAAGACAUAAUUCUGUAUGUUCAAAGCAUUGAAAGGGUUACAUGGUAUAAUUCAUUAAAUGUAUUUAAUGCAUCUUUUUUAAUUUUUGUUAUUGAACACAUGCUUUUAGUUUCUAGUGUUAUAAUUCACUAAAUAUACAUAAUUCAUUUUGAACUUUAUAUUUUUUAAUGCAAGAUUUAUAUAUUUAUUUUAACAUAGUGCAUUUCUAGGAGAGUCCCCCCCCCCUAAAAAAAAAAACUUCCCAAAGCUAUCUCGCUGAGAUUCCUCCAUCUAAUGGGUCACAUCUGUUGCAGGAGUUAUGUUUAGCUUGCCGGGGACCAGUGUCAGAACCUGGCCCUCCCCUCACACAGGUGCACAGAGCAAAUAACAAUUUGCCCACCAAAAAAGCAUCUAGAAAGUCAGCAAAGCUGACUCCAUAGAUGAUCCAAACGAAACAGUAGAUUCAUUCAUGACUAAAACUUGUUAGUACUGAUAACUGGCUUAGCUUAUUGGCUGCAGUGUGAGGUUCUGGGUAUUUCCUGGCUGGCUGCCAUCCCUCUCUCUAUUCUUUGGGAGCUUGGCAGGGGGUUCUGUCGGACUUGCAUGCUUGAAUGGCGGGAGGUGAGUCUGUCUUUCAGCUGUACCUGAGCAGUGCUUUUUAUGCUCUGCUUAGGACUCCCUGCUUCCUCUGAUACUCUCCAUGAUGUGGGCAAGUGGCAGCUUCAUGUGCAACUGCUUGUGCUGUCUGGCAGUGGUCUAGUGUGUAUAGGUUCUCAUGGAGGGGCUCUCUGAGCACCAUAAGGAUGUGGCUUUCAUUGAUUUCCACCUCGGAUAUGGAGGCCUUGGGAGCCUGCGGUUCCAGCCUUGGCUAUCUUACCCGAGAUCCUCCUUCAAGAGUUAGUGGUGGCAUUUUACUUAGCCCAUCUUGCAUGUCGACUGGCUGUAUUGGUCGAGGUAGGUUCUUGUGGGAAUCUGAUUCUUGUGCCAUUGUGCUUUUUUCUGCAAAUUCCUCUUCUGCUCAGCAUAGCACAUAUGCAUUAUGGAUGCAUAAGUGGUCCUAUAGGUCCACUUGUAUUUUUGGUGGCCCUCCUCUAAGCCCCCAUGAUUGUACACAUCGCAAGGGUUCAGCUUUUAGUUUGCUUGGUAGCUCUGGGAUACCAGUUAGCAGCACUUUGCCUGGCGCCCCCUUAGCAGUCAGCCUAAGGGGCCCUGGAAACCCCCAUUGGGGCUCAUUGGUUCGAUGGAGGAGUCCUCUGAGUCCCACCUCGCUUCGUGCGAGUUUGAAGGUUGCUCUGUCCCCUUGUCUCAGGGUUACAUUCACCGUUUUUGCCUCCACCAUGCUGAUUGUUGGGUCAAUGACACUUUUGAUCCAGAGUCUUGUGAGUGGUGUUCCUUGCAUGUACUCCAGAUCACCCAGUCCACUGUUACUGAUAUUCUGGUGCAGGCAGCUUCCGCAUUGCAUACGAGAUUUAAGUUGCUUCAACACGUUCAGUUGGUUGCCUUUCCGAAUGCCCCGCAGCUGCCCCGUUUGGGUUAUAGGGACCUGGACUUGGGAGUGUUAGCUGCCUCAACUUUGGUUUCAUCCGUGCCCCUUGUCCUUUCCCCUGCUGUAGUUCAUCCUGCUCCCGGCUCCCAAACGUCUGAGGGUUUUGGAGUCGGGGCAGGGUUUUCUUGGUGGUGAGACUCGGGUGGCUUCGGACUGCCCCUUCUGGAUCUGCGGAGGAGGCAUUCAAGCCUGUUCCUCCUUCCUGGGCUUUUGGGUCGUGCCAGUGGACCCCUUUCAUCCUGCUUUUCCAGUGGACUCUGCCUUUUCUCCAGAGACAGAGUGUUUGGUGGACGGCUAGGCCCCAGGUCCUGACGUGGAGGAUCCCGGGGCGGGGGAGGAGUUGACUUGCCCUGUUUGACCCUGCUUGGGUGUUGGUAACCCUCGCUGCGGGGCAUGUUGUUACAGAGGAAGUGAGUUUUCUUAUCCCAAGUUCCGCUCCUCCCGAACACGAUACGAGUUCGGCUCCUUCCGAACACAAUACGAGUUCGGGCUACUCCCCGGUUUCCAUUCUGGGUUCCUUUGGGUUCUUCGGUUCCCUCCUUCCGGAGGUUAUCGGCUUCCCGCAUUCCACCUUGGGAGGUGCGAGAGGCCCUUGCGGCUUACCUCCUGCGAGACCCACAUUACUUCUCGAUAAUAGAUCCUUCUUCUUUUGAGUUUGGCUCCUCUUUUCCUUACUUAGUGUGUUACGAGGUGCUGGAAUCUUCCUGGCUGGCAGACUGCCCUUUCUUUUCAUUAAGGGCAUGGCAUGGGUUCUGUCAGACCCACACUCUUGAAUGGCAGGAGUUGACUAUGGUCGUUCAGGUUUACCUGGGCAGGGGGAUGAGUUUGAGCACCUCAAUGCGUGCUUGAUCACCCCUGUGCUUCCUUGCGAUAUCGCCCAGGUGCAGCUUCACGUGCAGGUCCCUUUCCUCUCGGCAUCCCUGGUUACUGAGGAUUUGCAUGCCCGUGGCCAUUUGGCUCCAGUCUUGCGCUUCUUUUCCCUGCUGGAGCUGUCUUCUGACUGGCUCGAGGAGGAUGUGUAGGAGCUAGGUUCCGGGCCUGCGUCCGGUGCUCUUACCUCGGUGGCUCGGACAUCACCUGCCCUGUUGAAGUUGUUUGUGCCGAUUCUGAAGGAAGCGGUGUCUCUGUUCUUUGCUUCUCGCCUCGUGUGCUCACAGGAGAAGUUCGUUUGCUCUUUGGAAUCUGCUUGUGCCCUGGCCCUUAGGUUUUCGACCUCUUUUUGUCUGUUGUUGAUUGAAGAGUCUGCAGGUGGCUUCAUCUGGUUGCUGGCCUUUGUCGGACUUGUUGGUCCUCCGGGGGGGGGGGUUCUUUCCCGGAAGGGUCAUGCCAGGGUUCAAGGUUCUUUCAGUCAUCAUAACCCAAUAGUGCCAGAUUUAGGGCCAAACCCCUCCUGUGGAGCCUUCGGCAUAGUUAUUGCGCUGAGCAUCGGUUAGGUUCUCAUAAGGGUCGUUGGCCUUUUCGUGGUUCGCUCCAUUGACGGGGCGAUGGGGGGGGGGAGGGCUCGCGCUGUUCGCUCUCACCUGGUGCCACGAUUCAUGGGUGUUUCAGGCCGUUUACUUUGGCCUGCAGUGGCGUUGGGUGGCUCUUCCUCUUUCGGGGGAUUUGGGGCAGGCCUCUUCUCCUGCACUAUGACAGGUCAUCAGUUUAUUAGGGGUUGUUCAUCAUCUCCAGAACUGAGCAGUGAAGCCAGCUGAAGACUGUGGCCAGGUCACUCUAUAUCUGGCAUGCAUGUUGGUGGCAGCUAUUACUAUUAAUGAUUUUGAGCUAUAUUUGAGUAAAUCUGUUGUUUCAUUUGAAUAAUUUGCAGAGUUCUUUGUUGGUUUUCAGCCUUUGUUCUCUGUGAAACCUUCACUUGACUGUAAAGCGUCACUGACUUUCUGGAUGCUUUCUCGGUGGGGGUGGCAAAUUAUCACUAGGUCUCUUCCCCUUUGUGAGGGGGGGUCCAGGCUCUGGUUCUGGUCCCAGGUAGGCCAAACAGAACUCCUGGAACUGAUAGGAUCCAUUAGAUGGAACAUCUCAGCAAGAUAACUUCAGAGAUCUACUAGGCUCUAUCAGAAAGAGGCGUUUCAUUACAUUCAACACAGGAUAUAUUUAAUUAAUGUACAGUAAUUAAUAUCUAAAUCUGUAAUAAAUUUAUUAUAAUUUUGAGAUUGUGAAAUACAAAUGUUAUAUGUAUAA